UUAAAAAGUUAAUAUCUAUUUUUAUCCCAAAAAAGGGAGGGGUGAUAACUCAAACAAUACCGCUAAAAUAACAAUAUUUCCAACUGAGUAUAAUGAGUGUGAUUAUUGUUGUAUCAUCAUACUAAGCUGUCGCUCGUAUCUCUUAUCUCUCGUCAGCUUUUAUAGAGAACACAUCCAGAUUUAUCGGGCCAUAAAAUUUAGCUUUACAUUCUCGCACAGACCCAGAGAUUAGUUUACUGUGACAUUUAUAUUUUACAAGAAAGUACAAUCUAAACUAAAGCCACUACUGUAGGACACAUCCAAUGUAGACGGUAUGGAAAAAUAUGACGUUGGCUUCUGACGUUAAUGCACUGAUUUUAUAUACGGGGAUCCUUACGUUUUACAGCUACUUAAACAUGUGCAGGCUUUCUCAAUUGUCUAUAUACGUGUAUCCUAAAUAUUUGCCCUGGUCACAGAGAUUUUCCAAAUCUUUAAAGUGUCUCUUAAAAGUUACCUUUUAUUGACCAAAAACAAUCAUUUAAAAUACAGCGGACUCAGCAAAUAUAGAUCUUACAGGUUGAAGCACACCCCCUCCUCCGCAACACACACACACGACUUAGCUUAUCCCUCUCAUUCUUCUCCUCCUCCAUGGGUCCUACCUUUGGAGCGCGUCACGUGGUUCUGCUCUUACAAAUAACUCGCACUAAAGUAGAGAACAAAUCAGAGAACAGUUAUAUUAGGCAUUAUCUGGCGCAGCAGCUAUCUUCAGAUACAGACAAGGCACGGUGACAAGUCGCAACGCAGAGAGGACAACUGCAACUUUUGGCGUUUUGUAUAGAAGUGUGGAAGUUUGAAUUCUUACAGAUUGAGUUCGUUGGGAUAAAACCAGGACAGACAGAAGAGAGGGGACCAUCAGCAGCGAUAUUCAAUCAACUCGCUUGGAAAAGAGGCUUCCAGACUUUAUCGCUUACCGUCCUUAUCUGGAGUGCAUUCCCUUUUUCGCGGCCGCUGCUCAAGAAUCCUUUGGAUUGGAAAUUUUGGACGUUAUCGAGACUUUUACUCCAAGCAGCUCAAACACUGGUGUUUUUGUUACUAGGCCAUUUUUUUUUUUAAGAUCUGAAAGGAAGGCUUAGUCGUUGGAUACAGCAUGUAUUCGAGUCUGGCUUUAUCUUCCAACCCGUCCCCCUACGCACACGACUCCGGGAACUACAUCCAUCCGUCCGCCAGCUCACCUGUUUAUGUGCCCACCACCCGCGUACCUGGCAUGCUGCAGACCUUGCCCUACCUACAGACGUGUGAGUCCACCCAUCAAUCCCACGGGCUUGCCAAUCACCAUGCCUGGCCACAGACUGGCACGGAAAACGGCACUUUCAACCCCGGCAGCCCUCAUCCUCCUCCCGGUUUCUCCUAUUCGCACAGCCCGCCGGUGAGCAGCAGCACGGGUAGAGAUGCAUCGUACCAGAAUCCGUUGGUGCUGAGUAAUGGUGGUCGGGUAGAUCAGUAUGGAAGUGCCCUGGUGCGUUCUGUGGGUGGCUCCUACUCCAGCCCGUACGCGGCCUACAUGAGCCCGGAGAUGGCAUCCUCAUGGACGCCAGGGCCCUUCGAUGGCGGCAUGAUCGGUCUUCAGGGACGGCAUGGAACUCUAACUGGAAGGAGGUCUAGUUUAGACAUGCUGGAGGAGCUGCCAUGUGAAGGGCGGGAGUGUGUUAACUGCGGCUCUAUCUCAACCCCGCUGUGGAGGAGAGACGGUACGGGCCAUUACCUGUGCAAUGCGUGCGGCCUAUACCACAAGAUUAACGGGAUCAAUCGACCUCUCAUCAAACCCCAGAAACGUCUGCAGAGCACGUCUCGGCGAGCGGGUCUGUGUUGCACUAACUGUCAUACCAGUACCACCACGUUGUGGAGGAGAAACGCAGAGGGCGAGCCUGUCUGCAAUGCCUGCGGCCUGUACAUGAAACUGCACGGGGUACCAAGGCCAUUAGCAAUGAAGAAAGAAAGCAUUCAAACAAGGAAACGCAAACCAAAGAUGCCCAAGACAAAGGUAUCCUCAGGGUCAAUAGUGUCUGGUGCUAGAUCUCCCCCUUCCUUGCCUGUGUCAGAGAACGCCUCUACAAUAAAAAGUGAACCCAACAUCGCAGCUUCUCCAUAUGCUGGUCAAACUGUUGUCUCAAUCACACAGGCAUCAACACAGCUAGACAGCGCCAGCGCAGGGCACGUGGACAUCAAAUACGAGGACUACACGUACACACCUACAUCAAUCACCCCACAGAACUCCUGGUGCGCUCUGUCUCAAGCAUGAUGUGAUCUGAGACAUGAGACCUCCACUGUGCGUGGGAGAAAAGACUUUUAACAAGAUCUACCUAAUUGAACUCAACUCUACAUAUAGACGGACGGAGCUUAGGAAUGCAAGAGAUCGACUGUAUUUGUGCUACUUCGCCCUGUUCGUUUAUCACGGCAUAUGUGACAUGACGGCCAGUUCAUGCUGUUUCGCCGAAACACGGUGGCCGAGAAGCAGAGACCCAGCAAGCAGAUUUCAAGAUCUAUAAGCGACGUUCGGAAGGACAAAAAAACCUUGUUUUUUAUGGCUUUUGAACAUGUUUCAUGGCUUAGAUGUUAAUGAUUCACUUUUAAGAUACAUUAUUUAUGCUAAGAUAAGAAUGGUAGAGGCACAAGUGUCUCCCAUAAUCUUCCUUAUCCUUCAGGGAAUUUGUGUCUUUAUGGUCACUAUGACUUUGGAUCACAUACUUUCCAUGGAUGAGGUUUUAAAAAGUUUCCUUGUUGUCUUUGCUGAUUCCAGACAAUGUUAAUGCUGUAUUGUAUUCAUGCAAUGAUCUGAAGUGCAAUGACCCCCUCACUUUUCAGCAAUUUUUGAAAAGGGAAACGUUUAUUUUAAUUGUUGAAAAUUUUGUGUUUUG